CUGUGGACCAAGUGCCAAUUUUCUAAGCGUCCUCAUUUCUUGAAUUCGAAAGCUUGCUUGCAAUUUUGCAAGUUUGCAAAUUUGCAAGAGCAAAUGGCUCUGAGGGCCGUGCAUGUCUUUAACGUUCCUAGUCUCCACCAAGUCACAGAAAAUGCAGCAUUGGCCCUCCAUUCUUCACGCUUGGCUCAAGGUGUGAAAGAUGAAGGUGAAGAAACCAUAUAUGGAUACGAAUGGCCCAAGUUCAUGGUGAUGGGACACAGAGGCAGCGGGAUGAACAUGCUACAAUCUUAUGAUACAAGGCUCAAAUGCAUCAAAGAGAACUCUAUUCUCUCUUUCAAUUCUGCCGCUAAAUUCCCUAUCGAUUUCGUCGAGUUUGACGUUCAGGUGACCAAAGAUGACUAUCCAGUCAUUUUUCAUGACAACUUCAUUGGCGCUGAGGACAUGGGUGUUUUCAAGGAGCAAAGGGUUACAGACAUAACUCUGCUGGAAUUUCUUUCCUAUGGACCUCAGAAGGAGGCAGGAAAGGUUGAGAGGCCUAUGCUUAGAAAAAUAAAAGAUGGAAGAAUUUUUGAGUGGAAGGUAGAAAAGGAUGACUCCCUAUGCACAUUGCAAGAGGUGUUCGAGAAAGUUGAACAUUCCAAGGGUUUCAAUAUAGAAUUGAAGUUUGAUGAUCAGAUAGUCUACAAAGAGGAAAAACUCGAGCAUGUUCUUCGAGUGAUCUUGCAGGUGGUAAAUAAGUUCGCCAAAGACAGACCAAUCCUGUUUUCAAGCUUUCAGCCUGAUGCUGCACUUUUGAUGAGAAAAUUGCAGAGCACAUACCCUGUAUAUUUCCUCACAAAUGGAGGGUCUGAAAUUUACGCGGAUGUUCGAAGGAAUUCGACGGAAGAGGCCAUUAAGGUUUGCUUGGGGGGCGGUUUGCAAGGAAUUGUAUCAGAAGUAAAAGCUAUCUUCAGAAAUCCAGGAGCAGUGACCAGAAUCAAAGAGGCCAAUCUUGGCAUUAUAACCUAUGGACAAUUAAACAAUGUGGCAGAGGCUGUGUACAUGCAAAUUCUAAUGGGCGUGGAGGGAGUGAUUGUUGACCUUGUUCCAGAGAUCACAGAGGCAGUUUUUGUGUAGAACUAUCCAAUAUCAUCCUACAAAGGAAGGGUAGCUCAUUUCUUCUCAGAGCAGGAACUUGAACUUGCUUUCCUUGUAGAGGUUAUGCCAGAGUAGAUACAACUUUUGAGGGCCAUCAUCAUCAACAUGGCCAGCCAGAACCAGAUGAAAAUCUUGUGUGUAGAGUAACAGUUUUUUAUUGACAAAAUAGUUUUUAGUUGUAUCCAAAUGGUUUCUCAAAUGGAAGAUGAGUUUGGAGUUCAAAUCAUCAACAAAAUUUCAUAAAUAAAGUCACCAUAUUUUU